UUCUUGGAUUUUCUCUCUCUAACAUUUUUUUAGUUGGGUUGUCUGUAAUUUCUAUAUCGCCGGCGAUCUUUCGUGGAGCGCUACACGUUUUCCGAUCAAAUCUCGGUACCGACUGCUUCGGCAAGGUUUUUUGGUCUCUUCUUAUCUUCUAAUUUUUUGGGUUUUUUUUUUUGGUUUUUUUUUUUUUUUUGGUUUGUUGUCGUCUCCUACAAUUACUGAGCUUGUCCGCUUGAAGCCAAGUAAAAUUAAAUACAGAGCGGAAUAAAUUGCGUAGAUACAGAGACACUGUUGUCCGUACAUCUACAGUGUUCGAAAAGCAGAAGCUUUAUGGGUAGUUUUUAGAGCUUGAAGAAGGUUUGGCCUUGGGGAAAAUGUAGUUGAGCUAAAUCAGAAUAAAUUUUGGGUACGUGUAGAGCUCUUGUUUGGUUCCAUGGAUGUGUCGGUGCGGUGUUCUUCAAUUUUUAGGGUUGUUUUUGGGUUGAUUAGGAGGUAAUUUCAGCUCAAUUGGAUCAGUUCCUGUAUGGGCUUUGUAAAAAAAUUUGAUCUUUGAGUGAUUUUGGGUUUCUUGUUUUGUUCUAUUUCCCAUUUGAUGGUAUUGUAACCUUUUUUCAUUUUUUUGGGGGAAUUUUGUCUUGUGGUCUAUUGGGUUUGUUUAUCUGGUUUUAUUAUUGAGGAAAAGUUGUGGAUUUGUGGCUAUUUACCUGGUAGAAGUGUUGAUCGAUGGAAUCUAGGAUUGGAGGGAAGGGUCAUCAUUUGUAUGGCCCUGUUAUUCCAGAUUUAAAGGCAGUAGGAAAAAGGAGUAUGGAGUGGGACUUGAAUGAUUGGAAAUGGGAUGGUGAUCUGUUCUCGGCAGUUCCCAUGAAUUGCAUCCCAUCAGAUUGUAGAAGUAGACAGUUAUUCCCUGAUGAAUCUCAGAUUCCGGCGAAUAAUGGAGUUCCCAAUGGUUCUGAUGAAGUAGUAGUGUUAAAUGAGAAAGGGAAGAAGGAAAUGGAGAAGCGAAGGAGGUUAGUUGUUGUUGAGCAGGAAGACCUUAAUGAAUGUGCUUCGCUUAAUCUAAAGCUCGGUGGUCAAGUGUUCCCCAUCACCGAAGGGGAGAUGGAAAAGGGGGAAAGAAAGAACGGGAAAAAGGCAAAAGUUGCAGGCGGAUCAUCUAACCGUGCGGUUUGCCAAGUGGAGGACUGUCAAAUGGACUUGACCAAUUCUAAAGAUUAUCACCGGAGACAUAAAGUGUGUGAAGUGCAUUCUAAGGCCACCAAAGCUUUGGUGGGAAAUGCCAUGCAGCGAUUCUGUCAGCAGUGUAGCAGAUUUCAUGUUCUUCAAGAGUUUGAUGAGGGGAAACGAAGUUGUCGUAGGCGCUUAGCUGGACACAACAGUCGGAGAAGAAAGACACAUCCAGAAAAUGUACCUAAUGGAGCCCCCAUGAAUGAUGAACGGGGAACUAAUUAUUUAUUAAUUAGUCUGCUAAAGAUACUAGCAAAUAUGCAUGGUGCAACAAAUAGCUCUGACCAAACGAAGGAUCAGGAUAUUCUGUCUCAUCUAUUGAGAAACCUAGCCAGUAUGGCUGGCUCAAAUGAUGAAAGGAACCCGUCUGGGCCAUUACCUAUAUCUCAGGAUCUGCAUAAUGCGGGCACAUCUGCUGGAUCUCCAGAAAAGGACUCUCAUCAGUUGGUAGGGAAUUCUGCCAAUCUACCUACACCAGAAGUGUUAGGGAAGAGUAUGGGUGCAGUUAAUGCUGAGCCUGGAGUUUCUCAAAAUCCUUCUACACAGCCCGAGCUUAUAUUUCCUAGGAAAGAUUGCACAACUUUCAAAGCAAUUUCCACCGAUAAUUUGGUCAGACAGACAAAAUUGCAUAACAUUGAUUUGAAUAAUGUGUAUGAUGACUCUCAAGACUGCAUGGGUGUACUAAAGAGUUCCGACCACUGUCAAAAUCCUGGAAAUAUAUCUUCUGCUUGUCCUUUAUGGGUUUGCCAAGACCCUCAUAAGUCAACCUCCACACGUACAAGUGGGAACUCUGCUUCCACAUCGAGCUUCUCACCAUCUAAUUCCAGUGGAGAGGCUCAGAGCCGCACUGAUCGGAUUGUAUUCAAACUGUUCGGGAAAGAUCCUAGUGAUUUCCCUAUUGCCAUGCGGAAACAGAUUAUCGAUUGGUUGUCAAACAGCCCUACUGAAAUUGAAAGCUAUAUUAGACCUGGCUGUGUCAUACUGACAAUAUAUCUGCGGAUGGAUAAAUCCAUAUGGGAGGAGCUUUGCUGUGACCUUAGCUCUAGUUUAAGGAAGCUCCUUGAUUCAUCUUCUGAUUCAUUUUGGAAAACAGGAUGGAUAUAUACUCGAGUGCAAAACCGUGUAGCUUUCGUAUUUAAUGGUCAGGUUGUUUUAGACACACCUUUACCGGUUAAAGGCUACAACAACUGCAGGAUAUCGAGUGUCAAACCAAUUGCUGUUCCCGUCUCCAAGGGUGCUCAGUUUUUAGUUAAAGGCUUCAACUUGUCUCGGUCCACCGCAAGAUUUCUAUGUGCACUAGACGGGAAAUAUCUAGUCCAGGGAAAUUGUGGUGAUAUGGUGGAAGCUGAUUCAUUAGUGGAUCAGAACGAUCAUAACGAGAUCCAGUCCCUUAGCUUUCCCUGCAGUAUACCUAAUGUCACGGGCCGGGGAUUCAUUGAGGUCGAGGAUCACGGUCUCAGCGGCAGUUUCUUCCCGUUUAUAGUUGCGGAGGAGGAUGUGUGUUCCGAAAUCUGUACACUAGAGAGCAGCAUUGACGUUGCAGAAACUGCUUCCGACUCCCAAGAAGAACCCGAAAAAUUAGAAGCCAGAAACCGAGCUUUGGACUUUAUACAUGAUAUGGGCUGGCUCCUUCAUAGAAGUCACUUGAAAUUUAGAUCGGGUUCCAACUCGAGCCAUUUCCCUUUUGACCGGUUUAGGUGGCUUAUAGAGUUCUCAGUUGACCGUGACUGGUGUGCUGUGGUUAAGAAGCUUUUGGACAUUCUGUUUGGUGGAAUCGUGGAUGCUGGAGAACACUCGUCCCUCGAGAUGGCAUUGCAGGAUAUCGGCCUCCUCCAUCAGGCUGUACGUGGAAACUGCAGACGAAUGGUAGAGGCUCUCCUACAAUACUGUCCGGAUAAAGGACCGGACAAUUCGGAGCUUGUAAAAACACAACAUGGUGGCCACUAUAUAUUUAGACCAGAUGCAAUAGUAAUCGGGGGCUUGACUCCGCUCCACAUUGUAGCCAGUCAGAAAGGCUUGGAGAAUUUGUUGGACGCCUUAAUCAAUGACCCGGGACAGGUUGGAGUUCAAGCGUGGAAGAACGCACGCGACAGUACAGGAUUAACGCCCAACGACUACGCAUCCUUGCGAGGCCACUAUUCGUACAUCCAUCUAAUCCAGAAGAAAACCGACCCAAAACCAGCUAACGUUCAUGUCGUCCUAGAUAUCCCAGGAGACACGAGCCAGAAACCGAAAGCAUCGAGCUUCCAAACGGAGAAGCUAGUGACGACGAAACCGAGCACGAGAAGUUGCAGGCGGUGCGAGCAGAAGCUGCAGUAUGGAAGCUGCAGCACAUCGCUCGCGAUUUACAGACCCGCAAUGCUGUCCAUGGUUGCAAUCGCGGCCAUCUGCGUUUGCGUAGCUUUGCUGUUUAAAAGCUCACCGGAGGUCCUCUACGUGUUCCAGCCUUUCCGGUGGGAGCUUUUGAAGUACGGUUCGAGCUAACGUAGGUACAAAAUAAGGCGAAGAAGCACCGAGGUGGGUGUUCCUCCAUGAAUGGAGCUUAGAGAUUACUCAAUUGAUUUUUGUUGUAUCUUGGUAGGUGUAGUUACAUAAGAGCUGAAAUGUUACUUAGAGAUGUUAUUUGGACCGUGUGUACUUGUGUUGUAUUUCAUUGCAAAUGUAUGGAAGCUCCUUGCGCUUGGUGGAACACUGCAAAACAUUAACUAUGAAAUAGUAACCUCAUCAUUCAGUGUUGUCAUAUA